UUGCUAGCCGUCACCGAGUUCAUGUUUUUAUGCAUGUUGUUCGCUCUGUUCCUUGCUGCAACGACAAUCGCAGCAACAUCACCUCCUACGGCAACAUGACGGUGGCCACCAUGCUGGGCAUGGUUCCUGAGUGCAUGAUGUCAUGUCUUACCCAGAAUGUCUUUCAAGAUGGUGUUUGUCCGACAACUGACGCUGAAGCGCUGUCGGCAUGCAUUUGCACGAGCGCCACCAUCCAGUCGCGUCUUGCUGCUUGUGUACAAAGUUCAUGUCAGCUCUCUGAACAAGCAGGAGUAUCGUCUUUCACCGCCGAACUUUGCAAACCCUACCCGAUGGUAACUCGCGCCGGCGAAGUCAAGUCCGUCGCAAUUGCAACGAUGGUAAUAUCGACUAUUCUUCUGGUUUUGCGUCUCUAUUCGAGGUGGCUCAAAACGAGUCAAUUCUGGCUUGAUGACGCCUUUGCUAUCGUCGCUGGGGUUCUUCUGGUUUCAGUCGCUGUCGUCAUCCUGCAAAUGUCCCUCAUAGGCUUGGGUACGCACUACUGGAAUGUAUCGGCUGAAAACAUCGUUGAGCUUUUGAAACUCUACUACGUUUGCCAACUGACAUACAUCCCGGUCCAAGUCUUCUCCAAGGUAUCCAUCUUGGCAUUGUUUUCUCGGCUAUUCCAGGAUUUUAAUUCCACGUUGCAUAAGGUCGUAAGAGGUAUGAUUUACUUCAUGUUCAUUCAUGGUGUGGUGUUCCUUCUUGUUGUCAUUUUCCAGUGCUCGCCGAUCAGGUCGAUCUGGGACAAGACGAUUGAUGGGAAGUGCAUUCCGAUCAAAGGCGCCCUCGGCUUCAGCGGCGCUGUCUUGAGUAUAGUGGAGGAUUUUGUCAUAUUGCUACUGCCCAUCCAUGAGAUCUGGAAACUGCAAAUGACCGCGAAGAAGAAAGCUGGUAUCAUUUUUCUUAUCAGUGUUGGAUCCUUUGCAUCAGUUUCCAGCAUCAUUCGCCUCGUAUUCGUCUUUCAAAACCCGAACAGCAACGACUCGACCUGGGAUGAUGUCGACAUCAUCAAAUGGUCGCUCAUUGAAGUCUUCUCAGCAUGCGCCUGCGGCAAUUUGCUGCCUCUUCGCCCGCUUGUGGAUAAAGUCAUGCACAGUGCCCGUUUCAUGUUCAGCUGGUACUCGGACUGGUCUCGAAAAUCCUCUGGGACAGCGUCUGCCGACCUCAAUAACUCCCAAUUGCAGCCUCGACAUAACCAGCCAUCCAAGAAAUCCAACUUGAUCUCCACUCUCAAUUUUACCCAUACGGAUCCCGAGCUCGGUCAUAAUUGGACGGGCUCACGUUUAGGAUCGUCAACGAUAUGUCAAAGUAUCAAACCGGACGAGCGUCAUAUCGUGGAGGAUAGCAGACCACGAAGUACGAGAAGGAGCUCGGAAACAUCAGCAAUAGAAUUAACGCAGUCAAUGCCAGCUAGAAGCGAGUCGAGAACCAGUGCCGGGAGUGAAAGAGAACUGGUAUCGAUAAGAGAAUAUACGAAACACUAA